UGCUGAGCUGAUCAUCCUGUCUGCUCCUUCGAUCACACUCUCAGCUGCUGUUCUCCUCAAGCUCCUUGCUCUUUUCCAAUCAUGGCUUGCGCCACGGCUUCCACCAUCGCCGCGACCACCCUUAAGGGUGCCGUUGCCCUCCGCAAGUCGGAGCUCCUUGGGAACUCCGUCUCCACCGCUCCCGCCAAGGCGGCCAAGGCCGUCCGCGCCGUCCCCGCCGUGUCCGCAUCCCUGUACCAGGAUGCGGCGUACAACCUCCAGAACUUCAAGUUCGCGCCGAUCAAGGAGUCGAUCGUCGCCCGCGAGAUGACCCGCCGCUACAUGACUGACAUGAUCACCUACGCCGACACCGACGUCGUCAUCGUCGGCGCGGGCUCCGCCGGCCUCUCGUGCGCGUACGAGCUGAGCAAGAACCCCAACGUGAAUGUCGCGAUCAUCGAGCAGUCCGUCUCCCCUGGCGGCGGCGCGUGGCUCGGCGGCCAGCUGUUCUCCGCCAUGGUGGUCCGCAAGCCCGCGCACCGCUUCCUCGAUGAGCUCGAGAUUGCGUACGACGAGGAGGAGGACUAUGUUGUGAUUAAGCACGCCGCUCUCUUCACCUCAACCAUCAUGAGCAAGCUGCUCGCCAGGCCCAAUGUGAAGCUCUUCAACGCCGUCUGCGCUGAGGACCUGAUCAUCAAGAACGGUCGCGUCAGCGGUGUGGUGACCAACUGGGCGCUGGUCUCGAUGAACCACGACACGCAGAGCUGCAUGGACCCCAACGUCAUGGAGGCUAAGGUCGUCGUCUCCUCGUGCGGCCACGACGGGCCCUUCGGCGCCACCGGCGUGAAGCGCCUCAAGAGCAUCGGCCUGGUGGACAAGGUCCCCGGCAUGAAGUGCCUGGACAUGAACAUCGCAGAGGAUGCCAUUGUGCGGUACACCAGGGAGGUGGUCCCUGGCAUGAUCGUCACCGGCAUGGAGGUCGCUGAGGUGGACGGCGCUCCUCGUAUGGGUCCUACCUUCGGUGCCAUGAUGGUGUCCGGGCAGAAGGCGGCCCACCUGGCGCUCAAGGCCCUCGGCCUCCCCAACGAGGUUGACGGUUCGGUCUCUGAUCUGUCCGCUCGUCCUGAGCUUGUCCUUGCUUCCUCCGAUGAUACCCCCGCCUCUGCUUGAGCUUUUUCUGUGUGUUAACCAGCACUAGGGGUGCCUAGCCCGGGGCUCGGGAAGGCUGAGAACACACCCUUACCACCUGACCAGGGUAAUGCCUGCGAAGGGAAGUGCAUGGUCUGUGUAAAUGUGUGCCUCUUGCUUCGUUUUUACAUAGACUGCAGCACUGGGGGUGCCUCGGGAGACUAGAGCUCCCUAUGGCUGAGAGUAUACCCUUACCACCUGAACAGGAUAAUGCCUGCGAAGGGAAUGUGCUCAAAUGUUUUUUAAUGGAUGUUUUUCCGGCUCACCUCAGUCUAUUGCCAGCUACCGCACGACUACCCCAUCUCCCAGCAUAGAUACCCUCCACACUACCACAUACAUCCCCUUCCAAUUCUUAAGCACCCUUCCUUACGGUGCAUCCAUUCACUACCGGUACUAGCACAUAUCCUUACACUUGCCUAGGCAUUCGUCUGCAGAGCCCUAGAUAUUCAGCUAACUAGCACGCUUUCAUCAAUACAGCUCCCUGUGAUCAACUGCCACAUUCGACAGUCAGCUCAACUGAUACCAUAGCUGCACAGCUCGAUUUAGACAUUAUUCAGCACGAUUAGACUAACGUUAUUUGACACAGCAUCGGACGUUAGCCAGGACCCUGUUGACAUGUAUUCAGCACAUUCCUAGACAUUGUCCAGCAUGCACCUGACAUUUCUCAACAGCUAUCACGCCUAAGCAGAUCGUAGUACCGAUAUCUACCAGCAUUGUUCAGCGAGUCAGCAGCACGAACCUUGUAAAGACAUCCAGCUUGACCAUGUUCAACGUACUCCUAGACAACACGCCAUACACCUAGCAAGAUCCUAGCAUCUUCUACCACUCUCAACCCUUUCCUCCUAGCACUCUCAACAUGUUCUUCAGCAGACGUUUCCAGUUCAGUACAUUACGUCUUCAGCUAGACUGCCACACUAUCAUACUCUGCCCGACCUCGUGCAUUCAGCACGACCCUAGACAUUGAGCACGGCUGUAGACAUUGAGCACAACGAGAUGACUCGAAAGUCAGCACGGCUGUAGAUACUCAGUACAAUCCCAGGCGUUUCUCAACAUGUCCCUAAGCACUCUGCAGCAGGCUGCAAUUCUCAGCGAAGCCAUGCCCUAGUCUUCUUCAGCAGGACCCACUUUGCUUUCAAAGACAUAUCCACGCACUUUCUAGCACUAACUAGAGAUUCGCCUUUAACAUAUACAUGCAAGACUCAACACACGCAUCUGCAGGACUUAACAGACUGUAGCCCUUUUCCAACACAACUAGAUGGAGAAUGGUGCGUUCUCACAUUGACAGCCGAGGGAGCUUGCUCUUACCAUUGAUCGUCCUUUCAUGGCUUAUCCAGACAUCCUUACUGGCUUGUUUAUGAGCAGGGAACAGCUCCAGCCCGAAUGGUGCUAUCUCGCAUUAACACCAAGAAAGUCAGGGAGUGCAAGCAGGAAUCCUCAUGUCUCUGCUUUUCACUCCUCCCCAACCCCGAAUCACCAGUGCUUCCCCGUUUAAACACACUGCAUUUCUUCUCAGCACUUACAAUGUUGUUCACCCGUGUCCCCUUCUUAGUUCCUCUGUGUCUGUGCCUCCAUCCAUUCAAACAUGCAUGGCAUCUUUCCCUUCCCUAUUGACAUCUUUCCCCUCCCCACUCACAUAUUUUCCCUCCCCACUGACAUCUUUCCCCUCCCCACUGACAUCUUUCCCCUCCCCACUGACAUCUUUCCCCUCCUCGCUGACAUCUUUCCCCUCCCCACUGACAUCUUUCCCCUCCCCACUGACAUCUUUCCCCUCCCCACUGACAUCUUUCCCCUCCCCACUGACAUCUUUCCCCUCCCCACUGACUUCUUUCCCCUCCCCACUGACAUCUUUCCCCUCCCCACUGACUUCUUUCCCCUCCCCACUGACUUCUUUCCCCUCCCCACUGACUUCUUUCCCCUCCCCACUGACUUCUUUCCCCUCCCCACUGACUUCUUUCCCCUCCCCACUGACUUCUUUCCCCUCCCCACUGAC